AUGGUUUACCAAACACCAUCUGCGCAUUGUAUCAUGACAAAGAGAACAAUGCAUAUCGGUUCAGAAAUCACUACGCUUGUUGACGAUGACAGUCACUUUGUAGUUGUUAGGCCAAAGGCAUUUGUUGAUUCAAGUGGCACAACUUGGGCAAGCGAGAUUGUAAGGCUUCGAACAAUGCAUCCUGCCGUUUUUGAGAUUCCUUUGGCUAGUGAUGACACAUCAUUUAGUGCUGAGCAAAGAGGCAGUCUGUGCAAGAUUGAAUACGCUGUAUUCCAAUACCUGGAUAUGACAGAGGAAGAGGACGUCAAGAAGGUUUCUGCCCAUGAUGACUGUCCCCAUCGGAAAUAUGAGAGGAAUCGAGUUCAACAUCUACUCUCUAAAAUAAAUAAUGCUGGACACAUUGAGCAUGAUGCUGAUAGGUAUGUUGUUGUUGUUAUUGUUGUUACUUCUUUUUAAAAUUUUUAAAGUAACGAAUACUUACUCUCUGAAACUGAAACCACUGUCAUAAAUAUAACUACUAAACGAAUAUCAUGAGAAAAUUUGGACCUCUUUGACACCAUAGAAAUAUUCUGGAAAUUGUAAAGAAUUAAGUUGAAAAUGAGAUUUCCAAGAUUGUUCACACUUCCAUAGUUUGGAAACCAUAAUAAUUUGAAUAUAUCUGAGAAUAAAAUAUUUCUAUAUUGUAUAUUUCUAUAUUUGUGUAUUGCUCCGAAAUUGUACCACUGCCUUUUUUUUCAGAUUGCCUGUCGCCAUUGGCAUUCUGCAUGACCAGGUGAACCACUUGAAACAAUGUGCUCAAGAUUUGGAGGUUUUUUUGGCCACAGCUUCCAAUCCAGUUGCAACCAGUGACUUCAUCAAGAUCAAGGACAGCUGUAGAUCUAUUCUGGCAACAGUUAAAGAAAUUGAUCUUCCCCGAGUAAUUUAA